ACACACACAGACAUGUACAUACACACACAGACAUGUACAUACACACACAGUAACAUGUACACACAGACACAUGUAUGUACAUACACAGAAAUACACAUGCACAGACACAUGUACAUACAUACACAGACACAUGUACAUACAGACACAUGUACACACACAGACACAUGUACAAUUGUACAUGCAUACACAGACACACACAAACACACACACAUGUACACACACACACACACCUCAUAAAAAGUUGCAGUACUUCGGUGUUCAUUCACAGAGCCGGGUACUGCACUCUAGGGGGAGGCAGAGAGCACAGCACACACUCCUUGCUUUGCUUUCACUGCGCUCAGCUAUUGAGCAGUCUGAUGGCUCCCAGUGCCAAUGGCAGAUCCGGCCUGAGCUCCGAGCCUGCUCAGCAAGACAGCCCUGGGGGACACACUCGCCCCCACCAUAAUUUCCACUCGCCAUUGGCGAGCAGGCGAGUGGAAAUUUCAAGCCCUGCCUUAAAG